GCGGGUUCUUCACGGCGAAAGUCACAGGAGCGUUUUAUGUGCGGCUGCUACGGCUCUGCUUGUUGCGGUGAAUGUGUGAUUGAGGUCGGUUAAUUGUCCCCUCUCGGGGCUGGAGUUCUCGGCACCAAGGAGAAGCCGGAAUAGGUAAUAUAAUGGUGAAGUCUGAUUGGCCACUGGGGGGCGGCUGUCCUCUCUGUCACCAGCUCACCCUCUGAGGCUUAUGGGAUAGGACGCCCCCCUCCCAACCCCUUUGUAACCUCCCGACCUGUAACCCCAGUGACGAUUGUGCCGAAGGCCGUGCCUGGCGAUUGGAGCCCUGGUCCUGACAUGGGCAGCCCCGGCUGUGAGGUGAGUCCGGCAGGGCCUGUGGAGCCCGUGCUGGAGGCCUUGUGUCCAGAGUGUGGUCAGAUCCACCGGGCCUGGGAGAACCACCUCUAUAACUACCGCCUGGAGGUGGACGAUGACCUGGUGUGUCACAUCUGCCUGCAGCCCCUGGUCCAGCCCCUGGACACACCCUGCGGACACACCUUCUGUGCCCGCUGCCUCCGCAGCUUCCUCCAGGAGCGGGACUUCUGCCCGCUGGACCGGGAGCGGCUACAUCUGCAGGUGUGUAGGCGGAGCAGCAUCCUGGUACACAAGCUGCUUGACAAGCUGUCUGUGUCCUGUCCCCUGGCCCCGGCCUGCAGCCUCAGCAUGCCCCGCUGUGACCUGGAGGCUCACCUCAAACACAGGUGUCCGGGGACGCAGUGUCAGCAAACCAGUUUAGAGGGACCACCAUGUGAUCCCGAGGAGGGAGCCAUGGUGACCAGCCCCUCCAAGUCCCCACGCUCCCACCAGACGGAGACAGACCUGCAGGAGGAGAGGUCCUCCUCGCCUCCUGGUGUCACCUCCACCGCCGGAAGCAGCAUCCCCAUGUGGACCGACGAGCCUGGAUUGGACAACCCCGCCUUCGAGGAGAGCAAUGAGGAGGACAGUGUGGUAGGGUUGGAGUGUGUGGUGCCCAGGGUAAAGCGACCCCUCAGUAACCCGUGCAUCCACCUCCUCCGCACCGCCAGCUCUGCCUCCUCUGGGUGGGACAGCCCAGAGUCACCGCCCCUCUCUGCAGAAGAGGGUAGUGUGAAGCUGCCGUCCCUUCCAGAGGGUGAGAUCACCACCAUCGAGGUCCACCGCUCCAACCCCUAUGUAGAACUGGGCAUCAGCAUCGUCGGGGGCAACGAAACGCCUCUCAUCAACGUGGUGAUCCAGGAAGUAUACCGUGAUGGGGUCAUUGCUCGAGAUGGCAGGCUUCUGGCCGGGGACCAGAUUCUACAGGUCAACAGUGUAGACAUCAGCAAUGUGGCCCAUACCUUUGCUCGCUCCAUGUUGGCACGCCCCUGUGCCACACUGCAGCUCACUGUCCUAAGGGAGCGCCGCUGUGUCUCUCGCCCACCUCCCUCCACCACCCCCUCGGUGCCCCACGCCCCCUGUUCCACCCCAGAGGGUACUCCAUCCAGCCCUGCCAGCCUGAGGAUCACCCUGCAGAAGCGGGACUCGUCGGAGCAGCUGGGCAUCAAGCUGGUGCGGAGGACUGAUGAGGAGGGGGUGUUUGUGUUAGACCUGCUGGACGGUGGCCUGGCUGCCAAGGACGGGAGGCUGUGUAGUAACGACCGCGUGCUGGCGGUCAACGAGCAGGACCUACGCCACGGCACGCCUGAACAGGCUGCUCAGAUCAUACAGGCCAGCGGCGAAAGAGUCUAUCUGCUGAUUGGCCGUCCCAGCAAGCCUACCCUUCCCCCUCCAUCAAGCUCCACCUCCAGCAGAGAUCUGUACUGCCAUGACCACUUCCUCCCCAACCACCACCACCAUCACCACAGCUUCUCUCCCAACCCCAGCACCGUGCCCACCUGCGCCCACCUGGCCCGCUCCAGCACCCACAGAGACCUGUCCCAGUGUGUGACCUGUAAGGAGAAACACAUCACUGUGAAGAAGGAGACUCAUGAGUCUCUGGGUAUGACCGUGGCCGGGGGGCGGGGCAGCAAGAGUGGCGAGCUGCCCAUCUUUGUGACCAGCGUCCAACCACAUGGCUGCCUGUCACGGGUUGGACGAAUCAAACAAGGUGACAUCCUCCUGAGUAUCAACGACCAGGACCUGACCUACCUGAGCCACAGCGAGGCGGUUGGCACCUUGAAGGCCAGUGCGGCGUCACCCUCCGUCCAGCUGAGGGCGCUGGAGGUCAGCAUGGUGGAGGAGCCAGACCAGGACAUGAGCCCCGAGGACCAGCUGCUGCCCACACACCACCACACACACGACUCAGACUUCGACUCCUCCUGGUCCCCCUCCUGGGUCCUGUGGCUCGGCCUGCCCAGCUUCCUUCACAGUAGCCAUGAGAUUGUUUUGCGUAGAAGUCACCCUGGGAGCUGGGGCUUCAGCAUCGUUGGGGGAUACGAGGAAAACCAUAGCAACCAGGCAUUCUUCAUCAAGACCAUUGUCCUUGGAACGCCUGCAUACUAUGAUGGCCGCCUCAAGUGUGGGGACAUGAUAGUGGCGGUUAACGGGCUGUCUACAGCUGGUAUGAGCCACUCAGCCCUGGUACCCAUGCUGAAGGAGCAGCGUAGCAGAGUGGCUCUCACUGUGGUCUCCUGGCCUGGCAGCUUGGCAUAGAACCGGGUCAAACUGCACUGGACUGCGUCAUGCCAUGCUGAUAUUACUCUAGACUGUAUCUAACCAGGACCAAAUCAUGCUAGACUGCAUCGAACCCAAGCUAUGGUGCCAAAUCAUGCCAUACUGAAAUUGCUCUGGAUCUAACCUACUGUAACCUGGGACAAAUCACAUGGACUUCAUCAAACCAGGCUAGAGUGAACCUGGCCCUCCGAGGCCAAAUCCCUCGAUACUAGGCUGGACUGUGCCAGCCCCACACCACACUGCACUCACAUACUGAUGUGUUCAUACAGAUGUAAGAUCCUAAUUUGAUCACCCUGUUGCAGAACUAUCCUGCAAUGCAGGACAUUUCAAACUUGUAGUGUAUGAGGUUUAAAAAGGUCCACUUUAAAAUUCAAGACUUCAUUUUUCCUUACGAAAAUUGUAUCAAAACGCUACAAAAAUGUCCAUCCUUUAUAAUCAACAUUUCCUGCUGUAGCAAACUGGCUGAAAUGAAGAAGCUAUAUCUGUAUGGUCAUGUUACCCGUCUUCACUUCCACACAGAGAGAGUGGGACUGUAUGUUAGAGGACAGUAUAUCAUCUCUGUUUCUCUUUACUGGACUCCAUUAGUAGAUACCAGGGGCAUAUUCACAUGGCCGCAACGUUACAGAACGUUUGAGAUAGAAAUUCCCUGCAUAGAACAGGAUUCUCUGCCAUGUAGGAUAAUGAAAUAGAUCAGCUUUAGGCCAUGUAUUUCUGUCAUUAUAAAACGCUUCUAGGGUUAUGUUCAGGAGGAGAAAUCAUUUUGAAACAAGUUCAGGUAACACCCCUUUCCAAAAAAAUAUAAAAAACAUUCACCCAGUCGCUCUUACUGAAUACAACCCAACUGAAUAAACCCAGGCCUUACCAAAUACCUGCCACGCCCUGGAGGCCCGACCCGCCCCUCUGGACACAGCCUUAGGCCUCAUCACCGUGACGACCCAGCCGUCAGCUUGCUGGGGUUUUAUACGUGUGUGAAUGUGUGUUCUGCGGUUUAAUAAAGACUUCCCACAGAGCG